CUGGCUGAUUCCGAUUAGUCGCGUCUCUGCAUCUGACAUCUCAUCUUUGGUCAAUCAGCGAUUUGACCCCGUUACAAGCGUAACUUAACGAUCGAGAGCAGAAUUUUGUUUGAAUUUUAGCCAUGGAAGAUAUGCAGGAGGAGACCCAAUUUGUCGUCGACGAUGUCAGUAAGAUAAUAAAAGAUGCGAUUGAGGUUUCCAUCGGGGGCAACGCCUACCAACACACUAAGGUUAAUCAAUGGACAUCUCACGUAGUUGAAGCCUGCCUGGGAAACCUCACGAAGCUACAGAAACCUUACAAAUAUAUCGUGACUUGUACCAUCAUGCAAAAGAACGGUGCAGGCUUGCAUACAGCAAGUUCGUGCUUUUGGGACAAUGCAACGGAUGGAAGUUGCACAGUUCGCUGGGAGAACAAAACGAUGUAUUGUAUCGUGUCCGUUUUUGGUCUGGCGAUUUAAACCUUUGCGUUGAAAGUUGACCUAGUCCAUCCAAAAUCAAAUUGAGUAAAGUUUAUCUCCGAAAAGAAAGUUUUAACUGAGUUUAGUCGUAAGAUAUCUAAAAACAUAUUUGAUUUUUUCAAACGGCGUUAGUUGUCUAGGCCGUUGCUGAUCCACAAAAUAUUUCUUCAUUGCAAACGAAAGAUCUUUACUAAUCGUGUUACGAAAUUUUUUUUCAUAUUAUUCUUCAGCUACCCCAAUGUGCAUUUUUUAGUUAUUAUAGUAUUUCGAGGGCAAUUUCGUUUCUCAUGUUUGUGUUGAUUAUCAAGGCUAUCUGAUAUCCUACUUUUAAAAAAUUUAAUGCAAAUUCUAAGCGGCCUUGUUCACCGUGCAUACAAGUAUGCCUAGUGUUGUUAAGGAGAAAAAAUGGCGCAAGUCCAUUCAAUCAAUGCGAAGAAGUCAGAAGAUGUUGAAAUAAUUUAUGUAAAGUCGUAUUUCGCAAACUCUCUAAUCAUCUGUAAAUAAAUAAACCUAUGAAUUC